AUUAAGAAUGUAUUGUAAAUAUAUAUACAUAUAUUUAAGAUACAACUAACUUAUACAUUUUGUCUGCAUAUCACAUAUCAGCAUGUAUAAAAAAGUAUGGACUGUGUUCGAACUAAACAAAAUUGUUUCCAUAAUUGUCAUACAUGUACUCGACUCAUUAUUGUUUCUCGUGUUAUUACCAUUCAUGGUUUGGGAAUGGAUUUCUGAAAGACCAUAUAUAAUAACAAUCGUAAGGACAGUCGUUGAAGUGACGUUAGAGCUGAUUAUGUGGAUAAUCUUUGCUGGUAUGGCAAUACUUACGACUGUGAUUUGUAUAUUUGAUGAUGUAUACUGCAGCAAAACACAUUACGAUAAUAAUCAGCAAAAAUAUUUAUACGUUACGGAACAAGAUAAUAAUGAUCAAAAUUCUCAUAUCAUAAAGUCUCCAAAUUUUGAAAAAGAGAAACGUUAAAAUAUGCAAAUAAGGAUCCAAAUUGUUUUAAAUUGCUUUGAUAUAAAAUAAAAAUUUUUAUUUACAGCCAAUCUAAGCUUUCUUUCUGGACGCAUCUCGUAUUACAGCUAUUUUUACCAAUAAUCAAUUUUGCACCAAA